UACAACGUUUAUAGUUUUUGCUAUAUAAACGCAAAUCGUAUUAUGUGUGCUAUUAUUUGUAAAACUAUCGUCAAAGAAGACACUCGACUACACCUUGCAGAAUGACUCGAAUUUUUAUUUUAGUUCUUCUUCUGUCUUUGGUGACUGAUAGCGCUUUUGGUUCUAUCGAUCAGCUAAUACGAAGCAUUUCCAAUGCAUUUGGAGGGGGUGCUGGCGUGGGUAUAAAUGCUAAUGUCCCAGGAUCCGGAUUUGGAAUAAGAACACCUAAUGGUCAAUUAUCUGUUGGAUAUGGCUUUGGUCGAUGAAUACCUCGACUUGUGGUUUAAGCCUUCACCACAUUGUUUUUGGCUUGAACAGGUUGUUUUAUAAUUAAUUUGUUCACAUUUCAAAAUGAAAUGUGAAAUUGGAUGAAGGAUUGAGUGUAAUUCAGCAUGUUAAGAACCAAUUAACAAUAAAGAAAGGCAUCCGCUUAAAACGGAUCUAAGCAUAUAAAGUUA